GUCGCAAAACUUCCUGAACUAGUUUGUCCCUUUGGCUUUUCAUAGGUCUUGAAGAUUGAAACCUUCUUGGGAUCCAUUGCGAAUAAGAAUGCGCGCGAAAGCUCGGUGUCGCUGUGCUCUGAUGUCUUCUGUUAUCUUUACCGACUAAAUCAAGGAUGCGCCGGGUGCCGAGGAGAGAUAGAGGUCGUGAAAUCGUCGGAGAAUUAACCAAGACAAGCUUCUGGAACGUUUGGAUGGAAGAGAAGAGGCCACAGGUACAGAAGUGGGCGGCUGGAUAUCAAGCAAGGUGCUUGGAGAUCCGGUGCAUCCAGGCGACGCGCCAGAAUUAUUCAGACAGCAACUUCAGAAGUUUGGUGGAUGUGGUUAUUCUUCGCUUCAUCUUCACUAGUGGUCUCGAUGGGAGUAGGGUUUCUGAGAUCAAUUUAGGCGGCCAGUUUCCUCGACUUUUCGGUCGCUGCCACACCACCGAGGAUCGCCUCUUCACCGUGAAAGUGCCCGACAAUCUCCUUCAGUGCAGUGUUUCGUGUCUCGAUAUAGAACUUCCACACAAUGAAGAGUUCGAAAAGGAGCUAGAUGUCGUAGACGAUGUAGUACUUCUGUUUGAUAUGAGACAGCGCAACUAG